UAGGCGGUUGAGGGAGUUUGUGGCGGUCUCGGCUUCCCCGCGACAGCAGCAGCAGGAGGAGGAGGAGGGACCGGGACCGGGACCGGGAGCGGCCAGGGGCGAGGACAUGGACGAGGAGAGUCUGCAGGAGCUUUACUCGUGGGUGGACGCGCUGCAGCUGUCCAGGGCCAAGCGCAACCUCGCCCGGGACUUCAGUGAUGGAGUCUUGAUUGCCGAAGUGGUAAAAUUUCAUUUUCCCAAGAUGGUUGAGAUGCACAACUAUACUCCAGCCAGCUCGACGCAGCAGAAAAUGAGCAACUGGGCUCACCUGAACAGGAAAGUGUUCACCAGGCUAAACUUCUACAUCCCAGACGACGUGGUCCGUAAAGUGGUGCAGUGCUCACCUGGAGUUGUGGAGUUUGUGCUGAGCACCUUGAGGCUGAAGAUAGGAGAGAAGCUGAAACAAAAACACAACAAAAUGAUUCCUUCACCACAGGAUCUUGAGUAUUACAGCAUGGCAGUGGAACAGGACUUGGGUCAUUUUCCAGCAUCUCCACGGACAAGGGGAAAUGCAACAGGGAACCAUCAAGAUAUUCAACUACAAGCUGACUACGCCAAAAGCCACACAAAGGCACAGUCCAGCUAUGCACAGCUGAGCCCAGAGGUCAGGAUUCUGAUGGAGGAGAAAGAACAAGCACUGCUGGCUUUUCGAGAAACCGUCCAGAUUCUUCAGGUGAAAAUUCGCCGCCUCGAGCAGCUUCUGUGCCUGAAAGACGUCCGAAUUGAUGAUCUCACUCGUCGCCUACAGCAAGCUGAACAGAGAUAAAAAGCCUUCAUCCCUCCCUUGACAAGCAAGCAUGACAUGACAAACCCCUUCAAGUCUUUAUUUUCAUCAGAUUAUGUUUUAAGCCGAUAAUAUUGAAAGUAAAAAGCCUCUAGUACCCAGCAGCCUGUCAGAAACAAAAAUGGCAGUCCAAAAAUGACCCCUCCCCCCCCCACCCCAAAUAGUACACCAAGCGCUGGAGAUAGUCAGCAGGUCAGGC